AUGUCAUCCUCAUGCUUCAAGCUAGAUCCUGGAACCCCGCCCACAGCCUUGUUCAAGAACUCUAUCGGGACGACACAUGGAUUGACUCGCGCAUCAUUCCGAGGUCCAUGGGACAAGAACAAUCUCUCUCCCUGGUCUCGACAAGUGGAGCCUGUUCGGGUCCUCAACGAACAACAUAAGGUCAUCCAAGGAUAUGGACACGGACCACGUAUUACUCUCAGCAAUAGGACUAAAUCAAUGGUAGUAUGUGAUUUCGGGAAAGAAGUUGGCGGUGUUCUGAGCGUCAACUAUUCGGCUUCUGGGUCAGGCAAGUUGGGAGUUGCCUUCACGGAAGCUCUGAACUUUACGGGGCCGGUUUCUGAUAACUCAAAUGGAGGUACUGGAUCUGAUGGGGCUCUGUAUGCCGAUAUCUCGGCGCCCAAGGCCACGAGUGGAAGUUAUACAACUCCUUACGAGAAGAUGCGUGGCGGGUUCCGCUAUGCUAUCGUCUUCAUCGAGACAAACGGCACGCUCGAUGUAACAAUCACAGGAGUGGCCGUAUACAUAUCCUUCCAGCCCAACUGGUCGAACCUACGAGCAUAUGGUGGCUACUUUGACUCUAGCGACGAGCUCUUGAAUCGAAUCUGGUAUGCCUCUGCAUACACGAUACAGACAACAACGAUACCGCCACACACUGGACGAGUCUGGCCGAACCCAGCCGAUGGCUGGCUCAAUAAUGCGGACCUUCAAGUCAAUGGCACCAGCGUUCUUGUCGAUGGCGCGAAACGCGAUCGAGCUGUCUGGGCGGGCGACUUGGGUAUCGCUAGUGCUAGAAACGCUGUACAAGUGCUGUACGAUUUUCAAAACGCAACGACAGGCGAAUUCCCCAUGGUGACGCCUCCUAUAUCGUUCUACGGCUCAGAUACCUACCAUCUCAUCACCAUGAUCGCCACCCAUGAUUUUAUCCUCUACAGCAACGAUAUGGCAUUCCUGAACCAAAACUUCGAAGACUACAAGAAGGCGAUGACCUUUAUUCUGUCCAAAGUCGACGAAACUGGCUUGCUGAACGUCACUGGCGCCUCCAAUUGGGGGAGGAAAGCCUUGGACGCUGGCCGCAGUACAGACGGCAAUAUGUUGCUUUAUGGCGCCCUCACUACCGGUGUUAGCCUUGCUCAGUGGUUGGGCGAGCAAGAACUGGCGAGGGAGUGGGAGGCUGUCGCCGUCAAGCUGAAGGCUCCGGUGAACAGUCCGUCUUACAACUGGGAUCCGAAGAAAGGAGCAUUCAAAAACACAGACAUAGACGCCUCGAUACACCCAGAAGACGGCAACAGCAUGGCCCUCUACUUCGGCGGAGCAAACACAUCCUACGAAGAACAGAUCAGCAACUAUCUCCCCACGAACUGGAACUCCAUCGGCGCCAUCACACCAGAACAACCUGGCAACAUCGUGCCGUUCAUCGAAGGCUACGAAGUCAACGGCCACUUCAGAAUCCACCAAACCCAACGAGCCCUAGACCUCAUCCGCCGCAGCUGGGGUUGGUAUCUCAACAACCCCUACGGAACCCGGAGCAUGAUGAUCGAGGGCUACUACGAAGACGGCUCGUUUAGAUACGCGAACGACCCUACCAAGGAAGGAUCGUAUCCAUCUCAUGCUCAUGGCUGGAGUACAGCUCCGGCGGAGGCCCUCAUUUCGUACGUGGUUGGUUUGCGUCCAACAGCGCCAGGGGGGAAGACCUGGGUAUUAGAGCCGCAGAUGGGGGAUCUUGAGAAUGCACAAGGUGGGUUUACGACGCCGACGGGGAAGUUUUCUGCUAGUUGGGAAGUGGAGAGGGGAGGGUAUAGGUUGACGUAUGAUACGCCAAGUGGUACUUCGGGGAUUGUGCGUGUUCGGUCCAGUCGUGGAAAGCCUGGCGCUGUGUUGCUGGAUGGAAGGCGAGUUGAUGGAGUGACAUUCGAUCGAAGAACUGGCCUGACGGAGUCCAAAGCAUCUGGUGGUCGUCAUACAGUAGUACUGAGGUACUAA